AUGGGGUACAGGGUGCGCGUGCUGCAGUUGUCUGGGAAGUUGCUGGGUGAGCUCGAGUUGCCGGAGACAGCCAGCGUCGUCGACAUCUUGGCUGCGAUCCAGCACGAGGGGACGCUAGACCCCACGUUGAAAAGAACGCUUGUCUUGGAGGGCAGGGCCUUGGAGGAGUCAGAAUUGCUCAAAGACCUGGAUCUGCAGAAACAGUCUUCACCAACAGAGAUGCAAGAAGUAUUGCAACCGCAGCGGGUAUUGCGCAUGCCGCCGUCGUCUCUUCCAAGUCGACGGAUACACAUUGGUGUUGUCGGAAAGCAGCGGGCGGGCAAGACCAGUUUGGUUUGUAGGUACACGAACACGGACCCGUUUGCGACAGUAGCUAGACGGAUCGACUUUGCAGUUGCUCAUGCGAUGGCCGCUGAGAUGCCAGUAAAGAUCAUCUUGUGGGAUCGAUCUGGACCCAGAAGCUCCCGUUUCGAGGUUCCCGACCAAUUCCGAGGGAAGCAUGCCUUGCUUUUCGUGGUGGAUCUCACUGACCCGACGUCUCUGGAGCCUCUUGCGCCUUUGUUGGCUCUUCCCCAGACCCAAGCCGUCGGCACAAAGUUGCUGAUCGGCACCAAAGCAGAUUUGACCAUUCACCGGAGGAUCCAGCGACAGGAGGCAGAGUGCUUCGCGGAAGCAGAGGGCCUCACAUACUUUGAGACCUCGAUGCACGAUGAUGCGGGAAUCUCUGCGGCCAUAGACUAUGCCGUUUACCACGUCGUGGGAAUGAAGGCCUUGUGCGAUUGCCUCGAGGAAAGGGCCGGUGUCCUCACCUGCGGUGGCGAGGAGGAUGCAGGGAAGAAUCGGGAGGACGUGAUGAAAAGCUUCCUCCCAGAGCUGGAGCCACCUGCAAAGGAGGUGGUUGCUGUGGUUUGCGGGGCCGACUUCGCCUUCAACUACUACAAGUUAGCCAAGGCUGCCAACUACCUCCGCCAGAAUCCUGGCGCUUUGUUUGUCGCCACAAAUCCGGAUCCCCGGGCUUUGAUGGCGCCCGGGACCUUCUUCCCAGCUGCAGGGUCCAUGUGGAGCGCGAUUGCAGUGGCCGCCGGGCGUCAACCGGACAUCGUCUGUGGCAAGCCCAGCGAAACUCUGGCCCGAUACCUUCUAUCCUCUAAAGGGCUGUCGCCCGAGACCACCUGCAUGGUAGGUGAUCGCACCGACACGGACAUUGCUUUUGGCCGGAGCGUGGGAAUGCAGACCCUUUUCGUUGCAAGUGGGAGCAUGACGGAGCAGGAAGUCAUGCAGGCGAAUAGCAUCCCGUCUGCAGCCACCCUGAGCAUCGGAUGCCGGUUGCGGUUGCUUUUGGGAAGGAGCGCUGUCUACAAUGCAGCCAUCUCGUUAGGUAAAGUGGCCACAGAACUAGAUAGGACAUGUAUUCACACGGGCAUACAGGCAUGGCUUAUAGGGAUGCUCUUCAUAAUGUUAGAGAUUCGGCGGUGGCCUUUAUGA